CAACGGCAAGGCUUCUUUUGAGCCCGGGGUGCCGGUGCCCCUGAGGGGACCAAUGGCAAUCCUCUUCGGCCUCACCCGCUCUCCACUUCUCUCUCUCUCUAUCUCCACUCUCCUGAUCGCUCCCGCGCUGCAAUGCCGCACCUCUUCGCCAGGCUACUCGCCCUCGCAGCAUUGCUGGUGCUGCCCGCGGCUGUCGCUGGCAUUGUGGCCCCGCGGACCACAAGCCCCUCGGGCAAUGUGGCCCUCCCUCUCGGGCACAACGACCAAACCUUCAAGAUCCUGCAGCUCGCGGACAUGCAUAUCAAAACCGGCACCGAUUACGGGUGCUUGAACAUUCCGCGCGAUGGGAGCCCCUGUGGCGAUCGCAACACCACGGACUUCAUUGGUCGCCUGCUGGAUGACGAGCGUCCCGACUUGGUUGUCUUCACCGGAGACAACGUGGCCUUCCCUCCGGAUGCCAAAAAGGCCAUCGAGAUCUUCACCGAGCCGGUCAUCAAUCGGAGCAUCCCCUGGGCCGCGGUCUUUGGUAACCACGAUGCCCAAGGCAACAUGGACAACGCCCAGAUGAUGGAUAUCAUUGAGUCCCUUCCCCACACCGUGACAUCCUUCGGGCCGCGCGAUAUCGAUGGCGUCGGCAACUUCGCCGUGGAAGUCAUCGACUCGUCCAACGAAACUGUCUUUUCACUGUUUUUCCUGGACUCCGGCGCAUACAGCACCGAUCCCGACAUCGGUGGCUAUGACUGGAUCCGCCCAAGCCAGGUAGCCUGGUACCGCAAUGCGUCCGCCGAGAUCAGCUACAACAAUCCGCACGAUCCGCCUGAGCUGGUUUUCUUCCAUAUUCCCUUCCCGGAGUACCACAACGCGACGGAGAAUGUCGUCGGUGACAAGCAGGAGCGCGUCAACUCCGCUCAGGUGAAUGGCGGCUUCUUUGCCGCCCUGACUGAUGUUGGCAAGGCGGUCGCCACGUUUGUCGGCCACGACCAUGUGAAUGACUUCUGUGGUCGGUCGCCGGAGAACCCGCUCCUGGCCCUUUGCUACGGUGGCGGCGUCGGCUACGGGACAUAUGGUCGUCGAUCGUGGGAGCGCCGCGCUCGCAUCAUCAACAUCGAGGAUGGCGGGCGCUUGGUUCGUACAUGGAAGCGCCUGGACACCGGGCCCAAGGGCACCCCCAUGCCGAUGGUCCACGAGCAAAUCCUUUGGCAAGCGAACUGGUAAUAUGUGGCUCCCCUCAAGCAUGGCCACUUUCCAGGCCUCCCCCUCCUUGGCAGGACGCGCCACCAUGUGUCUACUCUCCUGUACUCGUGCUUCGUGCCGCUGCCGCCCUACUCCCAGGAGAAAAAGGAUGUCGAAACAUGUACGCCCCCGCCCAUGAUCGAUGCCUGAUCAAUAGCCCCCUCCCUGGGGGACCAAGCAGAGCAAGAAGUAUGGGAGAGGGGGCUCGGCAGAGGGGGAGGGGAAAGGAAACAAGGACGUUGUUCCCGCAACUGAGGGGGGGGGGAGGGGGAAGCGAGGGAAGGCGGCGGGACA